AUGGGCGUUUUGAGCACGCUCAUCUGCGUCGCGGGCUUCGGCGCCUUGGUGCACGCGCAGAUUACAGUCGACACCAGCUCCCAGCUCCAGAAGAUUGACGGCUUCGGGUUCUCUCAGGCCUUCGGUCGUGCCAGGGAAUUCCAGAACACGGACGCAACCCUUCAGAAGGAGGCACUUGACUUGCUGUUCAGCACCACCAAGGGUGCCGGCUUCAGCAUCAUCCGCAAUCGCAUUGGCUCCGGCGGUAGUGGCGAUAGCAUUCUUCCCACCAGCCCCGGAUCGCCUUCGGGAAAGCCAGCGUACACUUGGGACAACGACGACCGGGGUCAAGUAUGGUUCAGCAAACAGGCCGUCAAUUAUGGCGUGAACCAGAUCUACGCCGAUGCCUGGAGUGCGCCGGGGUUCAUGAAGACGAGCGGCAACGAAGCAACUGCUGGAUAUCUUUGCGGCACCACUGGCCACACCUGCUCCUCGGGUGACUGGAGACAAGCCUACGCCGACUUCCUUGUCCAAUACGUCAAGUACUACCAGCAAACCGGGAUCAACAUAACCCACAUUGGAUUCCUGAACGAGCCCGACUUCUCGCCCAGCUACUCCCAGAUGCAGAUCAGUACCAACGCCCAAGAAGCCAUCUCCUUCAUCCCAACCCUCUAUAAGACACUCCAGUCUUCCAACCUCAAGACCAAAAUCACCUGCUGCGACGCCAUCGGCUGGUCCUCGGCCGUCAAACACACCAACGCUCUCGUCACCGGCGGGAUGGAGCAAUACCUCGGCCUCGUCACCUCACACACCUACUCCAGCGAUGCCACCACGCCCAUGAACACCAAGCUUUCGUCGUGGGUCACCGAGUCCGGCAACACCGACGCGUUCGACACCACUUGGUACAAGAGCGGCGGCAAGUCGGAGGGCAUGACCUGGGCCAACAAGAUUGCCGUCGGCAUCGUCAACGCCAAGCUGUCCGCCUACCUGUACUGGGAGGGCUUCGAGUUGCAGGAGCUGCAGUCCAACAGUCACCUGGUCGACACCGUCGACGGAAAGACGGCCACCCCUUCGGCGAACUUCUGGGCCUUUGCCAUGUGGUCGCGGUACAUCCGCCCCGGCGCCCAGCGCCUCGCGACUUCUGGACAAGUCACUGACGUCCUCACCGCUGCUGUUCGGAACACCGAUGGAUCCAUGGUCCUGGUGCUUACCAACAACGGCAACGCCGCCAAUUCCGCUUCCGUGUCCUUCAAGGGUUUUAACCCCAAGACGGCGUCUGCGUAUGUCACCGACAAUAGCCACAAGUUCAGUACUACGCAGUCUACGCUUUCUGGCUCUUCUGUCUCUGUGUCUGUCCCUAGCAAGGGCGUUGUUACUGUCAAGCUGACCUAG